GCCUACCGCCCCUUGGCCGCUGAACCGCCCUCUGCUCUGUCCAAAUCUAGAUUAAUUCAGUCCAGUCAGGGAGGCGGAGGGGACGGAAUCUGGCGAGGGCCGCUUAGAAGCCCGGCCCUCGUCCUCUUAGUGUCCCGCCGGGGGUGCGAGCGACUCGGGCUCCGCGCGCUGCUGCAGGCCGCCGCGCUGACAGAGCCGAACGGAGCCGUUACUCAGCACGUCCCCGGCGUUCGAACGGCGGCGGUUGGGGGGAGGCCUGACGGGGCCGCAGCCCCCAGAGGGAGCCGGACGCGGCCACGCUUCAGGACCAGCGUGAGACGGAGGCAGAAUAGAAGAUGAAUAAUCUUUCCUUUAGUGAACUUUGUUGCCUGUUCUGUUGUCCACCAUGCCCAGGGAAAAUUGCUUCCAAACUGGCAUUUUUACCUCCAGAUCCUACUUACACACUGAUGUGUGAUGAGAGUGGUAGUCGCUGGACUCUACAUCUUUCAGAACGAGCAGACUGGCAGUACUCCUCUAGAGAAAAAGAUGCCAUUGAGUGUUUCAUGACUAGAACCAGCAAAGGUAACAGGAUUGCCUGUAUGUUUGUGCGUUGCUCGCCUAACGCCAAAUAUACUUUGCUCUUCUCACAUGGAAAUGCUGUUGACCUAGGUCAGAUGAGCAGUUUUUACAUAGGACUGGGUUCACGGAUUAACUGCAACAUAUUCUCAUAUGAUUAUUCUGGAUAUGGCGCAAGUUCUGGGAAACCAACAGAGAAGAACCUGUAUGCUGACAUUGAUGCUGCUUGGGUGGCUCUUAGGACAAGGUACGGAAUCCGCCCUGAAAAUGUGAUUAUAUAUGGCCAAAGUAUAGGAACGGUACCCUCUGUGGAUCUUGCUGCUCGGUAUGAGAGUGCUGCUGUAAUUCUUCAUUCUCCUUUGACCUCGGGAAUGCGAGUAGCCUUUCCUGAUACGAAGAAGACCUACUGCUUUGAUGCAUUCCCAAACAUUGACAAAAUUUCUAAAAUAACAUCGCCAGUAUUAAUAAUCCAUGGAACUGAAGAUGAAGUAAUUGACUUUUCGCAUGGCUUAGCAUUAUUUGAGCGUUGCCAGAGACCUGUAGAGCCACUGUGGGUAGAAGGAGCAGGCCAUAAUGAUGUGGAGCUUUAUGGACAGUACCUUGAACGAUUAAAACAGUUUGUAUCACAAGAACUGGUGAAUUUGUAAAGUACUUUAUAUAUUUACAUGCUUUUUCAUUUCACUGCAGAACUGCACACUUUGAUAAAUACUAACAUAAAACCUGAAGGUUUUGUUUUCAAAUCAUGUCAGUUGCCUUCAUAAAUGUACAGGUAAUGAUUUGUGAACAUAAUUAAUGAAGGUUUUAAUACCAGUAUUAUGAACUGGAAUAACAUGAUCAUGCAGUUCAGCUUCUGUAGUUUGUAUACUAUGUGUGAGUUUUCUUUUUAGAUGUACAAAAUAUCACAAGGAGUACUGUAUGAAAUUUUAAUUAUGUAAAAUCAGAUGCUGUAAAAGUGUUGCCAAAUGCUUUAGCAUAUCAAACAAAUUUAUAAAUAUUUUUUAAACAUCUCAAAAUGUACUGUGACUUAUUCUGUUGCACAGGUGUACACUAAAAAUCAGACUUCUAAACAGCUGUACUUGUAAAAAUACCAAUAGCCAUGAGAUUUAAGCAAAUAUGUAAUGAAAACAUAGACACUCACUGGAAUUGGCCCAGGCCCUGUUUUAUAGGGAGCGGGUCAAAACAAGCUUUUUUUUUUUUUUUUUUUUUUUUUUUUUUUUUGCUACUUUGCAUUAUAUCUUAUGUCUGGUGGUUAAUUUGUUGUUUUUGUUUUGUAACUUGGAAGAUGAAGUUUAAAUCUGCCUACUCAUCUAUUCCUUAGCUAAACAGGUUAUUCUGUAAAAUGAAGUCCUAAAAUACCACUGUUAUAACAAAUUUCAUUCACAGGCUCACUACUGAGGUGUAACUAAAUAUUUUAGUGGUUUAUUUGAAACCAGUAAGGUAUUUAGAGCUAGGAGCUAGUUUUAAAUGUCAAUUCUAUAGAGAUGCAGUAUAUGGAUAGAAAGAAUCCUGGAAGUUUGUCUAACUUUGUAAUGAACAAAUGCAAGCUUGCAGUUGUCAGUUCAGGUUUACUUUUGGGUGUUUAUUAGUGUGCAACCUAUUGUUUUUAUUACUGUAUGAGAAUUUUACUAAUCUGCUCCUGAACAGUGAAGAAAGAGAAUGUUGACACUUUUUUGUAUUAACUCAUAGUGAAAUAAAUUUUGUAAGUUGCCUUUCCCUUGAAUGAGUUUUGCUUGAAUAAAAACUAUGAAAAAUAAUGACAAACUUAAUUAUAUGUAGCCUAAUUUGUAAACAUAGUAAUAUUCCAACAAAAUACACACUGUGCUUCUAAUUUUAAGGCCUUAUGUAGUUUGUUCUGCUUGUUUUUGUGAUUGUCCAAGACUACUGUGUAAUUAAAUGUAUUAUCAAAUAUUGUGACUGAUUUGGUUCAGAUGUGUUAACUAACAGUAAAUAAUAUUACACAAUUU